ACUAAAUCCCGUGCCAUGGCGCAACAAGAUCAAGAUAUGAUGUACUACUACUACAUUUAUUACCCUGUCCUCUUGGCCACAAUGCUAGUACUAGUUCCUCUCCUCCUCGUCAAGCUCAGGCCAGGCAAACACACCAAAAACCCACCACCGGGGCCAUGGCAGCUGCCGGUGAUCGGCAGCCUGCACCACCUCGUUGGCGCCCUUCCGCACUACGCCAUGCGGGACCUGGCACGACGGCAUGGCCCGCUCAUGCUGCUCCGUCUCGGUGAGAUCCGCGUCGUCGUGGCCUCGUCAGCCAGCGCCGCUAGGGAGGUCUUGAAAACCCAUGAUUCCAUCUUUGCCACACGACCCGAGACGAACACAAUGAAGGCGGUGAAAGGGAUCCGCGGCGGCAUGGGCAUCAUCAUGGCGCCGCAGGGCGAGCACUGGAGCAUGGUUCGCAAGCUCUGCGUCAACGAGCUUCUUAGCGCACGGCAGGUCCGUUCCUUCCAGGGCACCCGCGAGGCAGAGGCCGGGAGGCUCGUGGCGUCCGUCGCCCUCGCGUCGUCAUCCAAGUCCCAGCCCGUGAACUUCGGCUCCCACCUCGCCACCUACCUCCAUGACGUGGUCGUGCGAGCCGUUGUGGGCGACCGGAUCACGGACCGGGAAGCCUUCAUAGCGUGCCUCGACGAUUCCAUCACAGCCGCGGCCGGGUUGAGCCUCGCCGACUUGUUUCCGUCGUCAGGACUCGCCCGCGCAUUCGGCGGCGGUAGGACGCGACGGUUGAAGGCGUUGUCCAAGCGUCUGAGGCAUGCGCUGGACGGUGUGCUCGCGGAGCAAGGAGCGAGGAGGUCAGGCGGCCCCGGCGGCAAUAGGGAUGAAGACCUUCUAGACGUGAUGCUGAGGAUCCAGGCGGAAGGCACCCCUCUCGAGAUGGGAACCAUCCGCACCGUGAUCAUAGAUCUCUUCGCGGCGGGCAUGGAGACCUCGACGACGACGCUCCAAUGGGCCAUGGCGGAAAUGAUGCGGAACCCAAAAGUGUUGGGCAGGGCAACGGCUGAGGUGCGCGCUACCCUCGAAGGGCAGAGCCGCGUGACGGAGAAGGCCCUACCAGAGCUGCGCUACAUGCAACUCGUAAUUAAGGAGACGCUACGGCUGCACAUGGCCGCGCCGCUGCUCCUCCCACGGGAGUGCCAGGAGUCUUGCCGUGUCCUCGGCUAUGACGUGCCCAAGGGCGCCAUGGUGUUGGUCAAUGCGUGGGCGAUCGCCCGGGACACCGAAAACUGGGGCCCCGACGCAGAGGAGUUCAGGCCGGAGAGGUUCGAGGAAGCUGAUGACAGCGCUGUGGUGAACUUUAAGGGGCAACACUUCCAGUUUUUGCCGUUCGGCGCGGGCCGGAGGAGUUGCCCAGGGAUGAUGUUCAGCCUUGCUGCCAUGGAGCUUGCGCUGGCGAGCCUCCUCUUCCAUUUUGACUGGGAGCUCCCAGAGGGCACCGUUCCGGCUGAACUGGAUAUGACGGAGAAGUUUGGGAUCACGGCGAGGAAGAAGACCGAUUUGCUGCUGCAUGCCCGUCUUCGUGCGCCUCUUCCUCCUAAUCUAUAGGCUUGCAAUUCCAGCCAGACUGCUUCCAUCUUACGCCAUCUCGUCUCCUCAAGCAAAUAAUGUAAACUAGGUUACCUGCUUGUAUACGCUAUCGAAUUAUAUGUGUAUUCAGUAUUUUUUUAUCAAAUUUGAUUUACAAACAUGACCUCUGAUAUAUAUAUAUAUGGC